AUGAGAACCCUAAUCCGGCCCAGUAUUCCUAUCGGCCAUGUCUACGCCAAAUUGACCCCUCUGGACCAAUAUAUGGCACGGGUUGUCCUUCCCUUGAUGUGCAUUUUCAAGCUCGACGAAAGUGGGAAUCGGGCUUCCAUCGUGCGUAGCUUGCAAGUGGGUCUAGCACACACCAUCGAUGAAAUCAAUAUCAUCGCCGCCACCGUGAUCCCAGAGGACGCAGGGCGAGGUACCAUACAGCUAGAGUACGAAGAGAAUGCGGGAGUCAUAUUCUACGAGAAUGACUUGCCCGAAAUUCAAUUUGAUGCCCUGGCCGCUCGUCAAUUCUCGUACUCUGAGUUGACCGUGUCCAGAUUUUCUCCUGAGCCGUGGGGACACAGCAGUCGGUGUCCCGUCAUUUCUGUUAAAGCCACUUUCAUCACUGGGGGUCUGAUUCUUGCUUUCAAUGGACAUCAUGCAGUAAUGGAUGCUCAGGCAUUGGGCACAUUUGCCCACACAUGGGCAAGAAAUUUCCGUGCAGAGUCUGAUGGUCUGAGGGUUACCGCCUCGCAAAAGAUCUCACCAGAUGCUUCGGAUGGAUCGAACUUUUUUGGCGGACACUCUACUCGGCCAAUGUCUGAUUUUCAAUCUUAUUGGAAGUGGUCCGAAUGUUCAUACCAGGAAACACAAAGGCAGAUCCUUGAACAUUCCGUAGCGGGCGAUCACCUGCAGCUGAAAAGCCUGGUGGCUCUUUCACAUUGGAGCCUUUCUCCAGAGGCGAUGAAUGGGUUGAAAGAGGUCGCACAACCCCCGUCCAGUGACCAGCCAAUCGUGACCGAGAUCUCUAUCGUCUCUGCCUUGGUCUGGCGCCAUUUAACUAGAGCAAGGCAACGGGCGGGAAUCGAGGUAGGCAGCAGUUCGCUCCUCAGCUCGGUGAACGUACGCAGGCGGGUUGAUCCGCCUCUGCCGCUUGAAUACUUAGGCAACGCGAUUGUGCUGGCAAGGGCCCACACAACUGCUGCAGAUUUGGUCUCGGAUGAUGAAGGGUCGCUGUAUGCGCUUGCUCACCAAAUCGUCGAUUCGAUUGAUUGGUGGACCCCGGAUCGAAUUUGGGAACUGGCCGGCAGCAUCGAUGCGAGCGCCAAUGUUUACAAUUUAGCCAUGCCGGCAGUUGGAUAUGACGUGGUGGUCACUAGUCCCUCUCGUUUGGGAGAUAUCCUUAAGGAAAUAUCGUGGGGCACGGAUUUGGGCCCCCUUCAAGCUUUACGAUUUGCUUUCCCGGCCUUCAUGGAUGGAUUUGUGAAUGUGUUGCCCAGCAUUUCCGGCGGGCACGAUAUUGUUAUGUGGACGAACUCGGCAGUGGCAAGCCUCCUAGGAGAAGACGCCGAAUGGCUGCGGUGGGCAUCGCGAAUUCUCUGA